AUGGGCAUGUAUGGCGCAAAGCACAAGGUUGCACUCGCGUAUCAUCCACAAACGAAUGGGCAAGCCGAAGUUACGAACCGCGAAAUCAAGAAUAUCUUGGAAAAAGUGGUAGGCCCAACAAGAAUGGAUUGGUCGAAAAAACUGGAUAAUGCACUAUGGGCAUAUCGCACAGCUUUUAAAACGCCAUUGGGAAUGACCCCUUACCGUGCGGUGUUCGGUAAAGCAUGCCACUUACCGUUGGAAUUAGAGCAUUGUUCUUAUUGGGAGCUAAAAAAGAUGAAUUUCGAUUACAAAGAAUGCAAGGAAAGAAUGUUAUUGCAACUCAACGAGUUGGACGAGUUACGAGAGCAAGCGUACGAGAGCAAUUGGUUAUACAAAGACAAAGUCAAAAGGUGGCACGACAACAACAUCUUGCACCGUCAAUUUCAAAAAGGGCAAGAAGUUCUCUUGUUCAAUUCACGGCUUCGGUUAUUUCCGGGAAAGCUUAAAUCAAGAUGGUCGGGGCCGUUCAUAGUCCAACAAGUCUUUCCACAUGGAGCUAUAGAAAUCAAGGACCGUGAAUCGGAACGAGUAUUCAAAGUAAAUGGGAAUCGACUCAAACACUAUUGGGGUGAUGGUGGCGAACGCCAAGUGGCCUUGAUCACCUUUGCUUGA